GCUGUCUGCGCCAAGGGGAGAUAAAUAGAAGACGACGUUUUCAUUAGUUACGAAUGCAAACGCUCGUUAAAUGUCGUCGCAGUGUACGAGCUUUAUGUCAGGUCCAGAUGCCGCCGUUCACUUGGCCUCGCUGGUGAUGCCCCUUAUUGCUAAUAACAAUGGUGUCAAGUGUAUUGUGGAUUCUAACCAAGAUGCAGUUCUGGUCAAGGACGUGGCAAUGUUGCUAAGGUUACUCGAUAUAGAGCACCCUGUUGGUCAGAUGAUAGAAUCAGUGUGUUCGUCACAUAAGAAUCAACAUGGUGGAGGCGUUAAGACGUUGCUGGCGAUGAUUGGUCUUUUCACCAAAGCUGUUGUCACUCUCCGAGAUCAGGGAGUCUUCAUCAGCGACAUUUUAUCUAUGAUGCGUUCAGCAGUCGAAAAGUGUAUUCUUUUAUGUGAACAGCUGAAAAUAUCUGUUGAUGUACAAGAAGACACACAUAUCACAGAGGCAUGUGAACAUGGCAGAUAUAAUUCUGACAUAGACAGACUUAGAAAACAUAGAGAAACAUCUGAACAUAGACUUGGAUGUGAGCAUGGACAAUCAUCUGAACAUCGACAGACAUCUGAACAUAGGCAAACAUCUGAAUAUACACAUGGACCUAAGCAGAGACAAACAUCUGAACAUAGACAAAUGUCUGAACAUAGACAAACGUCUGGACAUAUACUUGGAUCUGAGAAUAGACUAACAUCUGAAUAUCAACUGACAUCUGAACUUAGACAAACAUCUGAACAUCGAGAGACAUCUGAACUUAGCCUCACAUCUGAAUGUAGACUUGGUUCUGAACAGAAAUUAUGUGAGUCAGCCAUUAUCAGUGGGUUGAUAUCAACAGUUACUACAACAGGUUCUCCUGGUACUAACACGUGUUGUUUGAAGGAGAGUCCUGCUCAGUCUGACUGUACAGACAUUACGUUAAACCCAGGUGAAACAGAAUAUCAGUCUGGAAAGAACAAGAACAGUGUUGUUGCUGGACAGUCUGCAACACAUGAGGCCAGAAAUUUGGUACACAGUGGCGAAAGUAUUCAGACCAAUUCUGAUAUAUUUAAUCGUGGUGACAACCCAACCACAAGAAUUCCAGAUGAGUUCAGUCACAAAUACUGGCCAGCUGUAUCUGAUGAAAGAUCUAAAACAGAGAUAAAACCAGAAGCUAGUUACGAUGAUGAUGAUGUUGCCUGGUUUUUUGAAGAUCCAGUAGAAACAGAUAGUGACAGUGGACUUGGAGUGAAAGUGGAAACUGCAGCAGACGUGAAGAAUUUACCUACUACUUCCAAAACUGAAGAUUUCCUUGUUACAAGUUUGCGAGAUACCCAGCUGUAUGAUUCAGAUUUUUAUGACUGUUUUGAUGAUCUUUCAGUGAAUAGUUCAAUAAAAUGUUCCAUUCUUGACGUGCAGGAACCCAGACAUAGUAAGCCAGAGGCUAGUAAGAGUCAUUGGUUGAAAUGCAGCCAAUCAGAUUGUGACAACACUCAUUGGUUGGAAUCUAAGAAGAGCAGCAGUCAUUGGUUGAAAGGUGACCAAUCAGACAGUGUUAACAAUCAAUUUACCAAUCCUGACAUGUUCAAUUUGAAGAAGUUGAAUAAUGUGUUAAAAGCGUUUAGUACCAAAUCUUGUUCUCUGAAUUCUAAGAGAGUUAUGAAUUGUAGCAGACAUUUUAAGACCAUUGCUACUGCUGUGGAUGGCAUGAAGGAAGAUAAGUUGCUUAGCAACAGUGUUGAGAAAGUUGCUUUUGAGAGAGCUGAAUACUGUAUGCCAUCAGCAAACUCAUGUCCUAAAUCAUCAACACACUCAGGUUUUAUGUCAAUUGAUUCAUAUCCAAAAGGUUCAUGUUCUAAAUCAUCAACAGAUUCAGGUUUCAUGUCAAUUGAUUCAUGUCCUAAAUCAUCAACUGAUCACUGUUCUGUAUCAUCAACAUAUCCAUGUCCUAAAUCAUCAACAGAUUUAUGUUUUGUGUCAAUCAAUUCAUAUCUUAAAUCAUCAACUGAUUCAUGUCCUAUAUCAUCGACUGAUCACUGUCCUGUAUCAUCAACUGAUUCUUGUCCUCAAUCAUCAACUAAUUCAGGUCCUAAAUUGUCCACUGAUUUGUGUUCUAAACCAUCAACUGAUUCAGAUGCUGAACAUGUUUUAAGACCAGGCAAAAACCAACACAAAAGGCAUCCUGGUUUAUCUCAAAGCAGAUACUUCAGAGAAUUCACUGACACAAUUGUUGGAAACGUUUUGGACCAACAGCAUUACACCUUGCAACAUGAUGAAGAUGUGACUUCAGAAUUUCAAACUAAUCCUCCAAAUUUAAAAAACUUCCAUUCACUUACUCACUCUUGCUAUGAGACUGUAACAGAACAUUAUGCUAAUAAACAAGACUAUCAUCAAUCAGAUAGGAAAAACAAGAUGAUGAUGUUUUCUAGAACUGAAGAACAAUUAAGCUGUGAUCAUCAGAUGACAGGUGGUCAGGUUGGAUCAGGGUCCAGUAAAGACUCCUCACUGGACGUGGCAGAGGCAGCAAGAGGGUUAAGUCAUGGACUCCAUGACACCAUGCAGUUUGUCCUGGAAGCUUUUCACAACCAGAAAACAAGAAAAGGAGAACAGCAGUAUAGGACACAGUUGAAUGUGAAACUCCUGUACAGCUGCGUGGUUUGUGGUCCCAGUGUUCAACACUCGCAGCUUGUCGAUGGACUUAUUCUGUAUACAGAGUGGGAGCAACUCGACUGCAUUCACAGAAAAUCUAAAUCACCUCUUAAUGUGCUGCUGGUAAAUGGUGAUGUGAGUUUGACGUUCCGACACACUGGUUUCGUAUCACCUGCUCAGAUUUCCACCAUUGCAAGCAAACCAUCUUUACAGUUAAACAGACCAAGUGACAAAUUCAUCACAGAGUGUCUCCAGGUACUAAAACAGCUUUCGGUGGAUUUGGUAUUGACAAAAGGGAAAGUUGACUCGAGUGUUAAACAGGCAAUGCUGUCAUGUGACGUGGUUGUCAUGGAGAUGGUAGAAUAUCGAGUUCUGGAGGUUCUUCAACUUGCCAGCAACACAAGCUGUGUCACAUACAUUACAGAGGCCACAAAGAGUCACGUGUGUGCCGACAUGUAUGUUGACGUAUUCACAACUGACUGGAUGGACAAACGUUAUGCAGACGGCAGUCAGCCAUGUUUGAUUUCUCUGCGAAAUUCACACAGACUCGUCCAGACGUUCGUUUCGUGUCAUCCUAGCCAGCAAGCGGCAGAGUUACAUGAGCAGGAGUUUUGGCAGUGUGCCAACAGACUUCAUGACGCUUUGCUGGACAGGGCAGUUCUACCAGGAGGUGGGGUGGUGGAGGAGAGGUGUGCACGUCACCUCAUGUCUCUAGAUGACACACGGUGUAUUCCAGAAAAUCAAGAUCUCUUGUACAGAACAGUUCGCGAGUGUGUUGCUGAAAGCUUUCUGGAUUUUUUCCAUACGGUACGGAAAAAUACUGGAUACGUGCAUGGUGGGAACAAAAGUGAUACUAACUUUGAAGAUUCCAACAGAUUCUUUUCCUGUGUUGACCCUGGUUGUCAGCAGCCGUUUGAUAAUUUCCACACCAAGAUGGCUGCCUGGAGAAGAGCCAUGGAUACAGUAUCUAUAAUAUUCCAGAUUAAUGCUCUUGUGGUGACUGGAAUCUGACAGUGUCACACACUCUACACAGACUUAGUACAGUAUCUAUAAUAUUUCAGAUCAGUAAUCUUGUGGUGACUGGAAUAUAACAAUUAAUAUCACACACUCCUCACAGACUCAGUAUUGUUUUGAAAAUAAAUACUUGUUCACUU